AUGGAGGCCCACAAGACCAACCUCAACGUCCGCGAUGCUCUCACCUACCUCGACCGCGUCAAGAUGACGUUCGCAGACCAGACUGAAGUCUACGAUCGCUUCUUGACCAUCAUGAAGGACUUCAAGUCGCAGGGCAUCGACACCCCGGGCGUGAUCGACCGCGUGUCGACCUUGUUCCGCGGCCACCCGGCCUUGAUCCAGGGCUUCAACACGUUCCUCCCGCCCGGGUACCGCAUCGAGUGCACCGUCGCGGCCACCUCGGCGACCGGCGACGCCUCGGGCACCACCAUCACCGUCACCACCCCGAUGGGCAUGACGACCCGCACGCAGCUCACGGGCGACCAGGCCGACAAGCACGCCGCCGCCGCCACGGCCUCGUCGACUGCCCCGACCCCGUCCUCAGCUGCACCUCCUCCUGCCGCCGCCGCCGCCGCCGCCGCACCCGCACCGCCAGGCGCACCCGCCGACGUCAAGCCCAAGCAGGACCAGCUCCACCUCCAGUCGCUCCCGCCCGCCGCCGUCUCGGCGACCCAGCAGCCCGCCGUCGCCACCACGCCGGGCGCUGCCUCGGUCCUGUCCAGCCAAAUGGCCUCGUCCGCGACGGGCGCUGCCGCCGCGGCGCCGCCCUCGGCCGCACCUCCCGCCGCCGCCGCGUCGCCCGACCUGCAGGCCCAGUCGGCGCAGGCCCGUCCGCCGAUGGAGUUCAACCACGCCAUCAAUUACGUCAACAAGAUCAAGAACCGGUUCGCGCGCGAGCCCGAGACGUACAAGGCGUUCCUCGAGAUUCUCCAGACGUACCAGAAGGAAGGCCGGGCCAUCCAGGACGUCUACGCCCAAGUGACGACCCUGUUCCACACGGCGCCCGACUUGCUCGACGAGUUCAAGCAGUUCCUCCCCGACACGUCGGGCGACGCCGCCGCCGCCGCAGCAGCAGCACCCGUACCCGCCGCCGCACGAGGACCUGCCGCCGGCAAGCGCACCGCCCCGAGCGCCGCGCCCGGUGGCGCAAAGGAGCCGGCCAAGCGCGUCAAGACGACGGCCGGCGCGGCGGCGGGCAAGCUCGACCCGAGCGGCGGCACCGGGCGCGGCAAGGGCAAGCGCAAGGUCGAUGCCUCGCCCCUCAUCGGCGGGCCCGGCGGCGGCCGCAAGGGCGCAGGGUCGGUCGAGCCGGGCCACUCGGUGUACCACUCCGAGUCGCCCGACCCGCAGGCGUUCGGGCACGCGCACGCGCACGGUCAUGCCCAUGGGCAUAGCGCGCAUGCGCAGGCGCAGGCGCAGGCCCAAGCGCAAGCCGCCGCCGCGUACUACUACGGCGGCGUCCCGCCCUCGGCGGCGGCGGCGGGUCCUUACGGCGCCGGUGCCGUCUCGGCCGCUCCGCCAGCGUCGGCCGCACCCGUCUACGCGUACGAGCCGCCGAUGCCCGCACCGCCGCCGCAGCCGCUCCUCGCGCCCAAGCCCGUCGCGUCGGCGCCCGACGUCGCCUUCUUCCAGCGCGUCAAGGCGCACUGCAAGGACCAGCCGACCUACCACGAGUUCCUCAAGCUCGUCAACCUGUACUCGCAGGACCUGAUCGACCUCACGGCGCUCGUCGCCCGCGCGUGGAUGUUCCUGCACCAGGACGACGCCCUGUGGCUCGAGUUCCGCGACAUGGUCGGCUGGGUCCAGCCCGACCCGGUCACCAAGGACGGCGUGCUCGGCGACCCGGGCAAGCGCGUCGAGCUCGACUCGCUCGGGCGCCGCGUCAUCGAGAACGUGCCGCGACUCGACGGCCCGAGGUGGCGCAAGGCGCACGGCGACGCCGGCAAGGGCUGGGAGACGUACGGCCCGAGCUACCGGCGGCUGCCGUCGAGCGAGAUCAGCCUCAACUGCUCGGGCCGCGACGCGCUGUGCUGGGAGGUCCUCAACGACGAGUGGGUCUCGCAGCCGUCGUGGGCGUCGGACGAGGGCUUUGUCGCGCAGCGCAAGAACCCGUACGAGGAGGCGCUGCAUCGGUCCGAGGAGGAGCGCCACGAGUACGACUACUACAUCGAGGCCAACCUGCGCACGAUCGCCCUCCUCGAGCCGAUCGCGACCCGCAUCGCCCUCAUGGAGCACUCGGAGCGCGAGACGUUCCGCCUCAAGGCCGGCCUCGGCAACCAGAGCAAGAGCAUCUACCAGCGCGUCCUCAAGAAGGUCUACGGCAAGGAGCAAGGGCUCGAGGUGAUCCAGGCGCUCCACGAGAACCCGUGUGUCGCCGUCCCUAUCGUGCUCGCGCGCCUCAAGCAGAAGGACGAGGAGUGGAAGAGGGCCUUGCGCGAGUGGAAUCGGACCUGGCGCGAGUCGGACGCCAAGAACUUCCUCAAGGCCCUCGACCACCAGGCGAUCGCGAUCAAGGCCAACGACAAGCGCUUCCUCAACACCAAGGCGCUCGUGUCCGAGAUCGAGUCGCUCAAGCGCGAGCAGAACCAGCGCGAGUACGGCUCGCCGCACCACCCCAAGCCGCCCAACCACCAGCUCGCCUUCCCCGUCAACGACCGUGCCGCCUUCUACGACGCCGCCAAGCUCAUCCUGUCGUACAUGGACCGCGCCUACACCGUCUCGUUCGCCGACAAGCCCAAGGUCGACGCCUUCCUGCACGAGUUCCUCGCUCUCGCGUUCGCCAUCCCGCCGGCCGAGUUCGUCAACGAGUGCAACGUCCUCGCCGAUGACGACGACUCGGCGUCGAACGCCGACGCCGCGAGCGACGCCGGGACGACGGCCAACGGCGCGGGAGGAGCGGCGGCCGCCCUCCUCGACGAGGCGAUCGAGGCGGCGCUCAACGGCGGCUCGGGCGCGUCGGGCUCGGGCUCUGCCUCGUCGGCGCCGACGCCGGGCGGCACCAAGAAGGCCAAGAAGGGCGGCGACUUGCGCAAGAAGGCGCUCCGCAAGGCGGGCGAUGCCGCGCCCGGACCGCCGGGUCCCGGCCGCGGCAGGAAGCGCACGGCGGCGGGCCCGGUCGCCGUCCCUGCGUCGGUCGGCAUGUCGACGACGGGCUCUGCGUCGGCGCCGAGUUCGAGGGCCGCCUCGCCCGGCACGGUCGACGGCGACAGCGUCAUGGCCGACGGCGCCGAUGCGCCGAGUCGCGAGGCGUCGCCCGCAGGUGCUCUCGGCGGCGAGGGCUCGACCACGACAUCUGCCUCGACCACCGCUGCCGCCGAGCCGGCUGCGGCGCAAGCCGAGGAGGACCAGCUGCCCGAGGUCAUCGUGCCGGUCGAGGCCAAGCCCGUCAAGGUCGACCGGCGCAGAACGUGGAACGUGUUCGCCAACUCGACGCUCUAUUGCAUGCUCCGCCUGUUCCAGGUCCUCCAGUCGCGCCUGAGCCAGCUCCGCAACUCGGCCGCCGUGCUCGCGCUCCCGCCGCCAAUGGAGCCCAUCACGCCGGCGCACGUCCCGACCCUGUCCAUGUCGUUGUCGUACGCGCCGCCGGGCAGCACCGCCUCGGGCUGGACCGAUUCGCCCGACUACUACUACCACCGCGCGCUCGGCAUCUGCGAGAAGAUGUUCGACGGCGACAUCGACCAGUCGGCGUUCGAGGACGGCAUCCGGCGCAUCAUGGCGACGCAGGGCUACGUUCUGUUCACGAUCGACAAGACGCUCACGAGCAUCCUCAAGCUCUCGCUCACGGCCAUAUCGGACAGCAAGACCAAGGAGCUCUUCAACCUCCUGCGCGACGACCGAGCGCACCCGGACCGCGCCACUGCGUCGCAGCAGAUCGCCUACCGCACCAAGGCCGAGGCGACGCUCGCCGGCGACGAGAACCUUUACCGCAUCGAGUGGGCGCCGAGCGCGAGCGCCGCCGACUCGGCCGACGGCCUUUCGCCGCUCGAGGGUCGCCUCGCGUUCCAGCUCAUGGGCAAGGACGUCGUCGGCCCCGAGGACCUGCCCGCCGCCGAGCGUGCGUGGGCCAAGUACGUCGCCGACUACGUCAAGCUCGACCGCACGCCGGGCCUCGCGAUCGAGCCCAAGGUCCCCUACCUCCCGCGCAACCUUCGCCAGCUCGGCAUCCCUCCUCCCUCGCGCGACACGGCCGCCGCCGUCCGCCCUGCGCUCCCCAAGGGCGUUCUCGUCUCGUCGGCCCUGCGCACCAAGAUCUGCCUGCGCAGCUACAAGCUCUUCUUCUGCGCCGAGAGCGAGGACGUCGUCUUCCGUCGCCGCCGAGCCUCGCAGCAGCCACAGCGCGAGGCGAGCGCCGACGAGCGCCAGAAGAAGGCGCAGCGCGUCCAGCGGUGGAUGGACAAGCGCGCCGACGAGCUCGUCAAGCGCGCCCAGGCGCCUGCGCCGGCCGUCGUCGGCGUCGAGGACAAGAAGGUCGAGGCGUCGCCCGCGCCCGCAGCGGCAGCGUCGAAGCCGGACGAGGCGAUGGACAAGGCGGAGGAGAAGAAGGACGUCGAGGGCGAGAAGGAAGAGCCGGCUGCGCCUGCUCCUGAUUCCGCCAUCGAGGAGAAGAAGGCCGAGGAGGACGGGGACGUCGAGAUGAAGGCCUGAGCGCGGGGGCGAGAGAGAAGAGAUCUGUGUCGAUUGUGUCAUGCUGUACGAUAGCUCUCAUUUUGCCUCGUG